AUGGCUAUAACUCUUCACUUAUUCUCGUGUCUGGUUCAGUUCGUGGCUGCCGCCACAAUAACAGGCACAGCUGAUACAAUCGUCUGCGCUGCCGACUCGCGCCAGAUAGUAAGCAAUGGCAGCAAUACCGCCCUGUGGCCAUGGCAGGAGUAUCAAUCCUCAGAUGCCCUGCCGCCAGUCCUUCUGACUACCAGUACAGGAGAGGCUUUGUUUGACGGUCUGCUUGUUAUCGGUACUGUCUAUGGUUCUACCGUCCCAGCAACCCAGGAGCAGGCACCUCUUCUGAUGACUGACAGCGGUGAUCUAAUCUGGAGUGGACCAAAGGAGCCAACCUACAAUGCUCGGGUGCAAACUUACAACGCAGCACCCGUCUUGACCUAUUUCUCUGGACAAGGCACGGCUGGUGCUUCAGCUGUUGUGGGGCAUGGAUAUGGAGAAGUUAUUGUUCUCAACAAUGAAUACAAUGUGGUAGCUACAGUCUGUCCUCAGUUCCAUCAUUUUACACUGGAAACGGGUGUGACAGCGAAAUGUCACGCAGAUGUACACGAAUCAUUCAUUACCCCUAGAAACACAAUGCUUAUUACGGCGUAUAACACCACCCAGGCCGACUUAACUAGUGUCGGAGGAUCUAAAUAUGGUUGGAUUCUAGACUCCUUCGCAGCUGAAAUUAACAUUAGUACCGGGGAGGUCCUGUUUGAGUGGCAUCCGAUAGCCCAUUUACCCAUCAACGGAUCACACUAUCCCUUGAGUGGGCAAGGUCAAAAUCAAAGUACUCCUUAUGAUUUCUUCCAUAUGAAUUCGAUCGAGCUUGUCGGGGAAAAUUAUCUGAUUAAUAGUCGCCACUUCUGGAGUACAUAUCUAGUGAGUCCACAGGGGAAAAUCCUGUGGCACAUUAACGGUUUAGAUGGAGGAGAUUUUGGACAGCUUCCUCAGGGAGCUCUAUUUUCAUGGGAGCAUCAUGCGCGAGUAAUUGAAUCUAGUUCAUCUCACGCUAUUAUCUCGUGGUUUGGUAACAAUAAUGCUCUACCAAAUCAACCUGGAGCAAAGAUCACCACCGGCGUCACUUUAGGAUUGGCGCUACCACCAGACCCGUCAAAGCCUCCUGUGCUGUUGACGAAUUUAACAGAUCCGCAACUUCGCACCAACACGUGGUCUCAGGGGUCAUUUUUACACCUGCCUAAUGGCAAUAUGUUUAUAGGGUACGGGUCGGAGCCAGUCAUGAUUGAAUAUGGGCCUGUCAAAGAUGGUGCUACCGAAGGUCAUGCUCGCUGGACUGGUAUGUUUGGCUACGGUGACUUAGUCUCGAGUUAUCGAGCCUAUAAGCAGAUAUGGCAUGCGACACCGUCAACGCAACCUAGUCUUGUCGUCCAGGAGAUUGUACAGAAUACGUUUCUACACUGUACUGCAAACGCUACACACCUAGGCUACGUUAGCUGGAACGGCGCCACAGAUGUCACUGAUUGGGUCAUAUAUACGGGCCAGACCAACGGUUCAUUGACAGCGGUUGGAAGGGCCAAAAAGGCCGGCUUCGAGACUCAAUUUGUUGUGCCAGAUGGAGCUGCGUUUCUACAAGUAGGUGCGAUCGAAAACAACAGUAGGGAUAUAGUGAGGAAGUCAAAGGUUGUGGCUGUGGGAAGCUAA